AUAGUUGUUUUGAGAGAGGAAGAAGUAAAGACCAAAACGAAGCGGGAAAAGUCAAAACAAAAAUGGAUGUCAAAGAUGUGUCUGAGGAAAAUGACUGUUUCCCCGAGUCAACAUUGGAAAUAUACGAGACACAGUUUUUCGGCUACACGCCGCAGACAUUUAUGUUUCGGCUUUCCAGUGCCUUCAUGGAGUCUCUGUGCAACAUCUUGAGCGUAGUGGAGCGAGUAUGCGUACGACAACUGAAUAAAGGCAAAUCGGACGCGGCGAAAGAGGAGCAGCUACGCGUACAAGCCAGAAAGUGUAGCAGCAAACUGCAAGCGUUUGUUAGGGAGCGCUUCAAGCAGUUGUCGGAGCGGAUGGAGACUAUGAUCGUCAGCCGCUGUUUUGCCAUACCGCCUAAUGUCCUGCUGAAGGAGGACGAGCUUCACAAAAAUCAUCCUUCAAACACACAGGAGAUGCUCAGACUAGAGUCAUCUUUGGCGGAGCUCCGCAAGACUUAUAAGGCAGAAGUGUGUGCUCGACAUGCGCUGCAAUCUGAGCUUGAGGAGCAAGAGGCAGUACAGAAGCAGCUGGAUCGCUUCCUGGACUGGAUCGGAGUGCUCCAGGUUGCCCGUCUCAUGAGAGGAGUUGACAGCGUCCAGGAAAGUUCCCAACUGGUGAUGGCAUCAGUACAGAAAUUGCAGAAAAGCAUCUUGGAGCAAGGAUAAUGAGGCGAAAUUAGAUUGGUCGUUACUACACUAAUGAAGAAAAAGCUGAGUUAUUUGGAAACCAAGGUCGACUACGGAUCAGACUCAUGCAUAUAACAUAGCUAGAAGUUUGAGAAUUCAAAAGAAACUGAUUUUCUUUCAUUAGUGGCCAAAUGUUUACGUGUUUGUUUCUUGUAAUAUAUACAUUUCUUCUAUAUUCCGUAGAGUGUGGUUGUAAACCUUUGUGUGACAAAAUUUUGAUCAAUUUUGUUGUA